GGCCAUCGGUAUCGGCGUCACAGAUAGCACUGAAUUGUUCUAGUUCCCCGGAACAAUUCAUCCAGACAGUCAAGUGAGAAUCAUUAGAUGACAAUGCAGUGGAUAAUACCGAUCGUUUUCUCCGUAGUGUUUGGUUUUCUGGUGAUUAACAUCGAAGGAAGUGAGAAUAAACUAAUUCCGGACACAGCUCUAUCCACCGGCGAUGGAAGGAUUGUCAACGGAACCAAAGCCAAAGAAACCCAAUUUCCCCACAUGGUAUCGUUGCGAAGACGAUGGAGCGGUUCCCAUUUCUGUGGAGGCAGCAUAAUCGGGAAAAAGUGGAUUCUCACUGCGGGUCACUGUAUGUUCCGAGCUAAUCAGCUUUUGGGGCCUUCAUCGUUCUACGUUGUUGUUGGGGGAGUGAAUCUGGAUGAGACUGAAGUUGCCCCUAGGCAAGUGAGAUAUAUCGACCAAGUAUUCGUUCAUCCAAAGUUUGACAACAUCUACCUGGUGAAUGACGCCGCACUAUUAUUGUUGAAUGCACCGCUGGUAUUGGUGACUGAAUUCGUUCAAGCAAUUCCAUUGGCGGAUGUUACACCGGCACCCGGAAUAAAUUGUAUUGUUUCUGGGUGGGGUUACUUGGGAGAAGAUAAGCAGGAUGUUAGCAAGGAUCUGAUGUACGUCGAUGUGCCACUUCUGUCGCGACCAAUUUGCAAAUCGCUGCUGAAGACAAUAACAAAAAUGACAGACGGACAAAUUUGCGCGGGAUACAUCGAUGGACUCAGAGACGCCUGUCAGGGAGAUUCUGGUGGCCCUCUGGUAUGCAAUGGAACGCUCACUGGUAUUGUGUCUGGGGGUCGAGGCUGUGCUCGUCCCAGUCUUCCAGGAUUCUAUACAAACGUAGCUUAUUACAGAGACUGGAUCGAUGAGGUUCAAUCAUCCGGAAAGUCUUGUUGCAUGUGUCCUUGCGAGAAAUCAACGUACAGAUCCACCGCAGCUGCGGCCUCUGUGUCAUUAAUGUCAAUAAUCGUGACCCUUCUGUCUGUCUAUUAAAGAGCCGUUUGAUUGUGUGAUAAAAAUUAAAAA